AUGUCUGCAAUUUUACACUACUCUACGAAAACUUUAUCUCUGAAUACUGGUGCCAAAAUUCCUCAAGUGGGUUUAGGUACGUGGCAAUCGAAGGACAAUGAUGCUUACAAGUCGGUCGUGGCUGCUUUGAAAGACGGCUAUAGGCACAUCGACACUGCUGCUAUUUACGGUAAUGAAGACCAAGUCGGCCAAGCUAUCAAGGACUCAGGUGUUCCUCGUGAAGAAAUCUUCGUUACCACGAAGUUAUGGUGUACGCAACACCACGAGCCUGCGAAGGCCCUAGAUCAAUCCUUAAAAAGACUAGGUUUGGAAUACAUCGAUUUGUAUCUGAUGCAUUGGCCUGUCCGCUUAGACCCAAACUAUGUUAAAGAUGGUAACGUCUUGAGUGUACCAACUAAAGCAGAUGGCUCUCGUCCAGUAGACAUCACUAAUUGGAAUUUUAUCAAGACCUGGGAGUUGAUGCAAGAGCUGCCCAAAACCAAUAAGGUGAAGGCGGUUGGUGUCUCUAACUUUUCUAUAAACAACCUGAAGGACCUACUGGCAUCCCCAGGUAACCAGCUCACGCCAGCUGCUAAUCAAGUGGAGCUACACCCAUUAUUGCCUCAGAAUGAAUUAAUCGAUUUUUGUAAGAGUAAAGGUAUUAUGGUUGAAGCUUAUUCCCCAUUGGGUAGCACUAAUGCUCCACUAUUGAAAGAACCGGUGGUUCUUGAAAUUGCAAAGAAAAACAAUGUACAACCAGGCCACGUGGUCAUUAGCUGGCAUGCACAGAGGGGUUAUGUUGUAUUGCCCAAAUCCGUCAAUCCCGAUAGAAUCAAGACGAACCGUAAAGUGUUCACUUUAUCUGACGAGGACUUUGAGGCCAUAAAUAAUAUCUCAAAGGAAAAAGGCGAAAAGAGAGUUGUCCAUCCAGACUGGUCUCCAUUUGAAGCAUUUAAGUAG